GGUUGUUCGUGGAAGGGUGCCCGUGGUGUGCUUUGGAGUUAUUUCCGCUUUCCUCUACCCACAAAGUCGAAUAAAUCGAGAUUAGAGUGUACAGUUGGUUUAAAAUUCGCUAACUUCAUCCAUCUAAGGAAAUGGAAGAAGAUGGUUCAGACUCUGGGGUGGGAGGAAUGCAAAAGAAGAAGAAGACAUUAGUCAUUGAUUCAUCAGAUGAGGAAUCAGAUGGCUCUGAAAGUGAUGGUUCGGGUGAGGAGGGCUCAGCUGAGGAGGGCUCUGAAGAAGAGGAAGGAGAGGAUGCAGAAGAGGAUGGAGAGAGUGGUAACGAGAGCUCUGGCAGCGGCAGUGGCUCGGACAGCUCUGACAGUGGGGCAGAUGUGUGCCCCAUCUGUCUGUCACGCUUCAAAGGGCAGGAGGUCGGCAACCCGGAGUCAUGUGAUCACAACUUCUGUCUGGAUCACAUCCUGGAGUGGGCCAAGAACGUGACCACGUGCCCGGUGGACCGUCAGCCGUUCACCCUGGUCCUCGUGAGGAAGGUGCCGGGCGGUAAGAUAGUGCGCCAGGUACCGGUCACGGGGCCCAACCAGCUGGAGGAGCCGCCAGAGGAGGACCCCACAUUCUGUGAGGUGUGCGGCCGCUCUGACCGUGAGGACCGGCUCCUGCUCUGUGACGGCUGUGACGCCGGCUACCACCUGGACUGUCUGGAGCCGCCGCUGCACGAAGUACCGACCGACGAGUGGUUCUGUCCAGAGUGUGCGCCGCUGCGGGCCAACCCCCGCCUCCUGGCCGCCGAGGUCGGUGUCAGUCAGGACGAGCUGCUCGGCCUGCUCGAUGACCCCGACUACGACGCCGAGCUGCCUCUGCUACGCGCGGGCCCGCGCCGCCAGCGCUCGCAGCGCCUGGUGGCCCGCACCCGGCUCAGUGAGAGGAUCUCACGGCUGCCGCGCCGAGCCGGCGCCGCCUCAGCCGGCACCGCGGUGGCGUCCAGCUCCUCGCCGGCUCCCAGCCGCGGCCGGGGCCGGUCCGCCAGCACCUCCACGGCUCGCCGCUCCACCACCACCAGACGUAAGCGGAAAACUAAGACCAAACGCAAAACCACCAGAGCCAAAUCCUCCGGAGGCAAGCGCAAAACGAAGACGCGGAGGAAGAAGCGGAAGGGAGGCAAGAAGAAGAAAACUUCCUCGAGGCGACAGCGACCGGAGCCGGACCCGUACGAGAAAACUCGUGAGAACCUGCGCAGGCUGCUCGCCAUUCGACGUAUGAAGCCCGGACAGAUGGCGCCGCCGGUGAUGCGGGCCGGUCAGGCGGGCGCUGCGGAGGGCGCCGGGCCCAGCGGCGUGCCGCGCUUCGGCACCGGCCUGCCCACGCUGUCCCUGUUCGGCCGGCGGGACGACCUGCUGGCGCUGAGCGGCGGCAGCGACGGCGAGGACUCUGGACCGUUCGGCGGGCCGACGACGGUCGCCGCGCGACGGCCACUCUCCAGGGCCGAGAUCGUGGCGCGCCUGAAGCGCGGCCCGGCGCCCGUGGUACGCUCGUGCCCGGCGCCGGCGCAGCGGCCUCUCGGCGGUGAUGUACUGAACUCGAUCAUGGCCUCGCAGUCACUGCUGCACACUCGCGGCUCGGACGUGGCGAUUGAGAGGGACGGACGGCUGGUGGCCCGCUCGGGGCCGGCGCUGACGGCCGCGGCCGGCCCCAGCGGACGGACGGCGGCGCUGGGACACGCCGGCGGCACUGCCGGGCCCCAGUCGACCGUCAGCCGCGGCGGAGGGGACGGAGGCGGCCGGACCGGCGGCGGGGGCGCGUCACAGUCCUGCGCACCGCCGGCCGCCGACAGUGACCCGCGCGGCGCCGGAGCGUACGCCAACUAUCUGCGGAACAAUUCGAGCGGCAGCGGCAGUGGCUCACCUUCGGAAGGCGCUGGGCCGACCCUCGGGACCACCAACGGGCCCAGCGUCGCCCGCCGCCGGCCGCCCACUCCCCCGAAACCAACCCAGGAGGAGCCGGACCUCUACAGCGACAUCGAACCGCCCGGCGCCGGCGACCACCCGGACUCUGACGACGCCGACAGCGCGGCCACCGGGCCGUCGCCGCUGCCGGGAGCCUCGGCGGCCGCGGCGGGUCCGACGCGACGCUCCCCGUCGGCCUCACCGCGCCAAGGCAGCGACGGCUCGUCUGAGGACCUGGUGAUCGAUGAUGCGGUCCGUUCGCCGGAGGUGCGCCGCGGAGUGACCCCUCCGGCGGCGACUGCUCCUGUGGGCGGCGGCGGGGGUGCGCGGGGGCCCGGCGGCGCGCCGCGGCCGGACCGCAGCCACCUGGUGACGGUGGCGGCCGCCGUCAUGGAGCCGGUCAGCUCCCGUCCGCGGCCGGCCGCGCGCGUGACCACGCCGCUGUUCCCGGCCGGAGCGGCCAUGACGCCGAUACGGCCGCCGUCCGGCCGGCCGGCCAUCAGUUUCUCCAUCCCUCUGCCGUCCGGGGCGGGCCCGGCGCGACUGGGCGUCCGUCCGCCCGCCGCCUCGCCGGCCGCCCGUGAGAAGGACGUGGAGAAGAACUUGGCGGACAUUUUCGGGUCGCCGGAGCCGUCCGGGAGCAAAGUGGAGCGGGACAUUGAGGCCAUCUUCGGGGACUCCCCGGAGCGGGAGCGCCGGCCGGCGACUCUGCCGCUGCUCUCCCCUCCCCCUCUGCCGCCGGGAUCACCUCCUGAUCGGAACGAACCGGGAACGGCGAAGGGUGAGGAGGCAGAGACUAAGGCAAAGGCCGAGGGCGGGAACACUCCGGCACCAACUGAGAGCAAGUGGAAGAAAAUACCGGAGAGUAAGCCGGAACCGGAGGUGGCUGCAAGUCCGGUGAAGGCGGAUAAAAGUGGUGGAGAGAACCGGGUCAAGGAUGAUGUAAAUGGUAGUGUUAGCCAAAGGACUGAUCCUAAUGCUGCUGGAAGCUCGAGACGAGAUGGGGAUGACUCAGAAAAUAAAAAGAAGGCUCGUGACAGGAAGGAUAGUGUAAAGGAUAAUGAGUCAAGUAACCGUAAAACCUCAACAGAAGGCAAAUCGGGUGACAAGAAGUCCGCCUCACAGCCACCCCCACCAAAGAACAAGAAAGAGGAUCUGCAGCGUUACGACGUACGGGCCGUUGUGUCGGACCGCCAGGCGCGGAAGCCGGUGAGGAGACGUUCGUCCAGCAGUUCGAGCUCCUCGUCCAGCAGCUCGUCACUCUCGAGUUCGUCCGUCUCCAGCCGAGGCUCCCCCGGUCGGCGGAGGCGGCGCCGGUCGCGCAGUCGAAGUCACACGGCGCUCAAACGCAAACGGUCACGCUCCCCGACCCCCAAAAAAGACCGGGAUAAGAAGAAGAAAAAGGUCCGGGAUUUGUCCCCACAUAAAGAUGGAGAGAAGAAGAAAAAGAAGACUGAAGCUAACUCGUCUCACAAGGAAACGAAGACGAAGAAGAAAAAGCCUAGCCGGGAUAGUUCCUCAGAUUCAGAACACGACAGGGGCAAAACGAAGAAAAAGCAUGACACGCUGGUUAAAAAGGCGACUAAAAAGAAGAAGCCAGUUCGUGAUAGUUCUUCAGAUUCUGAAGAUGAUAGAGGUAAAGGCAAGAAAAAGCGUGAUACAGCCUCUACCAAGAAAGACAAAUCGAAAGCAAAAGAUCGUCGGGACAGUCCAUCAAAUGCUGGGAAAGGAAAGAGAAGGGUAAGUCGAGAUAGCUCAUCAGAUGCUGAUAAGAAAGCGACGAAAGCGAAGAAAGGCAGAGGUGAUUCUUCUGACAGAGAAGUGAAGAAGAAAAAGUCGAAACAUCGUGAGGUCUCACCGCUGCCGAAAACAACGAAACCCUCAGUGGACAACGGCGUCUCAGGUCGAAAGAGUUCACGGGACAGGGACCGAGCGAACUCUCGGGACAGGGUUCGGGGAAGGUCAAAGUCACGAGACAGAGCUCGAGCAAGCUCACGUGACAAGGAGCGAGCAAGCUCACGUGACAAGGACCGAGCAAGCUCUCGUGACAAGGCUCGAAUCAGCUCAGCCUCACGAGAAAAGGCUCGGAGAAGGUCGAAGUCGCGGGACAGGACUCGGGGAGACUCUCGUGACCGAGGUGGCAGCAGGAAGCGCCGGUCUCGUGAGAGGUCUCCGCUGCCGAGCCGGAGUGGUGACCGUGUCAGCUCGACGAGGGACCGGCGCCGCUCUCCCGGCCGGCGCCGCUCCCGCUCGCGAGACCGGCCGGUCUCCGCCGGUCGUAAACGUACACGGGAUGCGUCCCGCGAUCGGACAGCCGCGCGGCGAAGGACCUCCAAAGAGCGCGACAAGGGUGAUCGUGACGAGGUGCGCGGCGGGUCCCGGCGUGACAAAACCGCGCGCCGUACCGCCUCACCCCGGAGACGCUCGUCGCGGCGCUCCGAGUCGCCCGCGUGGAAGCGGCGAACUCGCUCUCCGGGGCGGUCGUCGCGCCACGGACACCGCUCGCGCUCCCGCUCUCGCUCGCCAUCGAAGGACCGCGCCUCUCGCUCGUGGUCGCGGUCCGACUGGAAGCGGUCGCCGACUCCGCCCAGCGACGGUGAAGUCGUCGAGCUGCCGCCGCCGCGAGUGGACCCGAUCGUUAUCACCGACUCUGAGGGCGAGGGUGACGCGUCGCCGCUGUCACGCGAGCCGAAACCGGAGAAGGACGAUAAGACGGCGGGCGCUGCUCCCAGAACACCCGCCACUCCGUCCGAGGUGACCGAGGUCACCGAGAUCCCGGUGUCGAGGCCCGCCGAGGCGGCGCCGCCGGUGCGCGGGCCGCAGACGCCACCGGAGGACAGCCGCGGACCCAGCCCUCCGCCGGCGCCGGCGCCGCGCGGCCCGUGCACGCCGCCCGGACCGGAGCCCAGUGACGGCUCCGUCGACCAGUACGACCCGUUCGACCCGACCCACUCGCCCUCGGCCAGUCCCGCCGGCGGCGGCAGACGGCGCAGGUCGACAGAGGCGGCGCGCGCAAAGCCGGCGCCGCAGGAGGCGACACUGACCCUGGACGGCCAGACGACGGUGUCACUGCCGGCCGUGCAGGAGCUGCUCUCCGGUCUGGCCACGCUGGCCGCCGUCGUGUCAAACGUGGCCCAGCCGGCCCCGGCGCCCGCCCCGCCGGUGGCGGCGCCCUCCCCGCAGCCCGCCGACCCCAGCAUCGACAUGGAGCUGGGCUCGCCGGCCUCCCCCGAGUCGCCGCGCUCGCCCGACCCGGACGACGGGGACGACCUGUUCGAGCCGCCGCGGCCGACGGCGGCGGCGGGGGCGGCGCCCUGCUCGCCGUUCUCACCUGGCGAGGGCAUGUCGCGGUUCGACGACCUGUUCGGUUCGGAGCCCACCCGAAUAGUGAGCCGGUCCGGCGGAGGGCGGAUGAAGGGCACCAGGAAACACGAGGUGCCCGUCCGCAGAGCGGACAAGUCUGUGCCGUCGGCCAGCAUCACCAACGACGGCCUGGAGGUGGUCGAUGACGUGCCCAACUCGGCCGUCGAGCUGAUGGUCAAAGAAAAGUUCCUGAGGAAGCUGAACCGCCAGGAGCGCGUGGUGGAGGAGGUGAAGAUGGUCCUCAAACCUUACUACCACCAGCGCGACAUCACAAAGGAGCAGUACAAGCACAUCCUCGGAAAGUCCGUCAACAAGAUUUGCCACAACAAAUCGGGGGACAUCAAUCCGACAAAGAUCCAGUCGCUGGUGGUCGGCUACGUCACCAAGUUCAAAUACUCCAACCGAAGGCGGAGGCUAUGACUUUCGGCCGACAUUCGGCUGCGGCAUCCGGAGAAUGAUAGCAAUUUUGACUAUUUAUGAGUGAUUUGCUACUGGGUUUGUUAAUCCAUUUCGCGUUUUAUGUUUGCCGCGUCACCAAUGCACCCAGCUCUCGGCGGUCCCCCGGAGCGGAGGUGGCCGGCCGGCGCGACUGGCGGGGCAUCAUGUGCACGCGCGCCCCUCGGAAGGAGGGGGGGGGGGGUACCGGGGCCUCGCGCUGAUCAUCUGUGGAAGUCUCGACUGGGCGGAAUGACCGACCACGUAUAGACGUUCUGUUGUUUUGCUCAGGAGGCCGAAAUAUACGCUGGGAGAUCCCUUUUA